GUAGAUUUAUUACCUAGUUUUUCAACUUUAAAUAAGCGGAUGACAAUCUUACUGUGGGCUAAUAGAUUAGCCACCCCUAAUGGCACUUAAUUAGCGAUCCCCCUCCCCAAGUAAGUUCUUUAUACACUUUACACCUUCGAAAUCUGAAUUAUUUCUUGUAGAGUCCGAUCUUACUCAUAAAUUGAUAAGCUGUUAAAAGUGAUCAGAAGGCUCGUCUGUGUUCUUGAAUAGGUGUCUUCAAAAUAUUGCUCGUAUAUCGUGGGACCAUCGAGUUUUUGCUAUUGUGAAUACGCCUACCAGCCAUAUCUCGGAUUAGAUGAUUCGUCUUGGUUUUCCCUAUCCGAUUAUCCUGGGCGUUAUUUUGUUCGUUAAUGCUUACAGAAUCCCAUAGAAGUUUCGUGUGACAGCGUGCAUGUCUCUUAAUCCUGAUCAACUGGAUCUUGUACCUGAUGAUCUGCUUAAUGAUCAAGUCCAAGUAGAAACGGUUCAUCAAGUUUCAUACAAUAAUAAUAAUAAUAAUAAUAAUAAUAAUCGAAGUAACCUGGAUGCAUUAGGAAUGGCCGCUGGAGUGUCACCUUACGGAACAAAUAACCCAUCUGCAAUGUCUGCAGCAGCAGCAGCAGCUCUUUUAAUACAAGCUGCAGCUGUAAAUGAAUCACCAUCUAAUAAUGUAACUUUUUCCGGAAGACGUUGUUCAACUUCAAGCCUUCUAGAAUCACCACAACCAUCUCCUUUAUCUUCAUCUAUGAUUUCAGUAGCUGCACAACAAGCUGCCUUAGCUGCUGCUCAAGCUAUUGCCAGUCCUCGAUCUCCAUCAGCUAGUUCUAGCACAUCUAAUUUUCAGGCGGCGGUGUUAUCAUUGGCUUUAGCUGCUUCAUCCACGUGUACAACAAUUAGCAAUUCUUCUAGUUCCGAACUUCGUGAAUGCCAACGUUCAUUACUUGGUCAUUCUGCUAUGAAUGAUCUUAUCUCCCUUUCUGAACAACAUCCAAAAUUACUAACUGCACAUUCUACACUAGCAUCUGUGUUUAGAAGACGUUCUUCAACACUUGCUCCUCCAUGUUUCACUAAUGCACUUAAUCCAGUGUGUAUGGAUGUUGCACCUAGGCAUGAAUUAAAAAGUGCUCCCAGUGAGGAACCACAGUUAUUGUCUUUUUUGCCUUCAAACGUAACGUCUACUCUUGAUCUGGGAAAUUCUCAGCUCCUCAAUAGUCAGCAAUCAACUCUUCCGGAUUACCCUGAAGGUUUUUCUUUAACCCGUGAGUCAACAUCUAUUUCAACUUCUUUUCUGAACGAUAAUUGUAUCGAACAACGUAAUCGUUCAGAUGAAUCUUAUUUGAUGGAUAUUAAUUCAGAAGGUCCGGCUAAAAUUACACGGCAUUAUUUAUCUACUUUAGAUCCUGAUGAAAAUGUAGAUAACUCCCGAAACUCUUCCAGUGUACCACAUAGAGGUUAUGAUGAUCCUAAUUUCCAACCUUUUUACAAAACAUCACCAAAGUAUGAUUCGCAUCUGGUACAUCCAUUAGGUGUUCACCCAUCAUUUGAUAGAAAUUCUAAUAAAUGUAAUACAAGAUAUUUUUCUCCUACACAUACAUCAGUUUCAAGUGAACUUGCAUUGGCCACAUGUCCUCCAACUUCACCACUAAGUUGUUCCUCAUUAUCUAAUUCAGCAACUCCCCAGUUGAAUAUUUCUCCAUUAAAUGUUGAAUGUAGAGUUAAGAAUCCACCAAUGGAUGAUUUGAGUGGAGCUAAUUCCAGAUCAUCGGUUUCCUGCAGGUCAUUAAGAACUAACUGUGGGACAGAGUGUGAUUUUAAAACUGAUGAACCAAACCGUAAACGCGAACAACGUCUCUUAAAAAACAGAGAAGCUGCAAGGGAAUGUCGUAGAAAAAAGAAAGAAUAUGUAAAGUGUCUAGAAGCUCGAGUUAGUCUUUUAGAAAGUCAAAAUCAACAGCUGAUUGAAGAGCUUCAAAAAGUUAAAGCGCUUUGCUUUAAGGAGUUAUGCGGUUUAGGAUUAAAUAGUUCCACAGCUGCAUGCGCCGCAGCUGUCUUAGCUGCCGUGACCUCAGUGUCUGCUAACUACUCAGGUUCAGAUGCUGCAGAUGCUUCUGGAUUAGAUUCAACUGCCCGAUUUUCUUCAGAAUCUGAUCGUAAUAUAUGUGAAAGAUCCACUGAAGUGCAUCAUAUGGCUUCUGAAUUCGGAGAUGUACAACAACUUCAUGAUUGUCCACGCUCAACUCGUCAACGCAGACGUUCUGUGUUCACUGCACCUAAACUAUCGCCGUAUUCAAAUCAGGCUACAUGGUUAGGCCCCUAUUCCUUGAAGUGUUCCGAACCCUCUUCAAAUGUGACUUGUGGUACCAAUCACGUAAAUCGUUCUUCUUUUGAUGAAUCGCCAUCACAUUCAUGUGUACCACAAUUGCAUGACACAAAAGGUGACUGCACAAAUAACCCUGUUACCAUCUCCUAUACGUCUCCGGUUAAUCCAGAUACAAUUAGUCCUCAUUCGGGUGAACAUUUACAACUUCAUUGCACUGAAUCGCACUCACUUUUAGUAGAAAGUAAAGUGGAUAGCAAUCGAUUACCACAGGAUUCAACACAUGAAAUGUCUAGUGAGUUACAAAGUUGGAAAUCACCCCAGUACCAUAACUAUGGUAAUCCCUACCAACAUCCUCGGUACGCGGCAAAAAGAGCUUAUCGCAAUGUGAUAUUUAAUUCUUCCAAUACAAGUAGCGAGUCUGAAAAAAAACCAGAUCCCGUUGAUGAUAAACGUCUUUGUGAACCAGGAGCUAACGUCGAUGCUGUGACUGGUGCUGCAGUGAUUUUAGCUGCUGCAGCUGCUAUGGUCGCAGAAUCUGAAUCUUCUGCACCGGAAUCUAGACUGUCCGUCUAAACAUCCAUAUAUAUAUAUAAUAUUUAGCAGAUCAUAUUACUUACGAACAUCUACCUGCGUCUUUCUCAACGAAUAGGUUCCAAUAAGUAAAUUUUUAAGUGAUUAUCUUUUGGAAUAUUCUAGGAGCAGCAAAUAAUAGUUUCUUGAACUGUUAAUUUCUGAAGCCAUUGAAACCACUGAGUUUAUGCUUUUUCUGCGUUCACUGUCUUCCUUUAAUUUGCCUUUCUUACUUUAUAUGGUCUGCUUUUCCUACUGUGCAAGCUUUCCAAAUUGUGAAAAAUCAUUCCCCCGGCUGAUUGAUUCUUGUUAACUUUUUGCGAGACAUUAACUUACUUAUUCUCUGGAAUGUAACAUCAUCGUUAGUUGUUGAAAAAUUCAUUUGUGCCGUUCGCUUUAUCUUCUUUCAUCAUAAAAAAGACUACAUCACAAAUCCAGAUUCUGUAAUCAUGUAUAUUUUGCAAACUCUAUUCACCCUCACCCCCUCUAUUUCUAUUAUCAACAGUCACAUUGAAAGAUAUAGAGUUAUUUCUUACUUGUUUCGUUAUUAUAUUCUCAAGCGCCUGUGCAUCAUUUCUUUUGUCAUCCUUUUUCUUGUGUUUGUUUCCUUCAGGUGUAGCAUCUCGAUGUCUUUCGUAUCAUUUGUUAUUUUUUCUUAAUUCAUUUCUUGCUUCAAGACGUUCUGUUUGGUUGAUAAUUUGCUGGUUAUGAUUGUAGUGUAGUCUAUGCACCACAUUUCCUUGCCUCGUUAUCUUCUUGUCCUAGCGCCCACGGUGUGUUUACGUGUCUGUGUACGUGUAUAUAUAGCUGUAGUUAGACAGUUUUUAUUAUCCGGUUUUUUAAAUUCAAUUCUGCUUUCAUUUUUAUCAAAAGCGCCAUUUUCGUCACUACUAAACAUUCUUUCUUUCACAUACAUUGCUUUUGUGAGUACAUAUUUUAUUAUGAUUUUCAUAUAUAGGCUAGUUAAAAAUUGACGUUAGCAUAAUAUUUGAAGUUUGACAAAUCUCGUAUUUAUUAAUUUCACUUCCUAGAUUUUUCUGAUUCCUAUUGAAUCCAUCAAACCCGAAAUUUGGUUUAUUAUAUGGGGAAAUAGUUCACCAAGUUUAUUAUGUAACUCCAAUAAUCCUUGCAUGCUAAUUUCUAAAGGGUCGUUCAAGUUUAUAAUGUACGUUUUAAGGGAAUGUGAUCAGCUACCGUUUCGAGAGCUGUUUGUUAUUAUUGCUAUUAUAGUCAAUUAUUACUAGAUAUUCACGAAGUCAAUCCCAUGACUGUAACGACCAGUCAUGCAGUUAAGAAAACUGAAGUGAUGCUAUUAAUAAUUACCAUUUAUCCUUGAGUAACUGUCACAUCCCUUCCGUACAUUGCGAUGAGUUCAGUUUAGUGAAUUUCAAUUUAACACUAACAUUUGUUUACCAUGCCCUAAUGCGAAUGCGUCGUUCGGUAACAAUUCACUAAAAGUCGUCAAGAUUUAUAUGUGAGUGAUAGUUUCGUACAGAACAUUUGCAUCAGAUUUAUCCAUACUUGAGUUCAAACUUCACUAUACUAGAUUGAUGAUCACAUAAUAUGCUUAUCUCCUAAGCUCUAAUCAAUUCCCAUAUCCAAGCAUAACGACGUAUUUAUUAGGUCUAGUCUAAUUAUAUAUAUAAAGGAUGUUGGAACGCAGCUGAAGUUUCUGGUAAAGUUUACACAUCCACUCUUUGAAUCUACGGAUAAGAAAAUAAUAUGCAGAAUGUUUCUUUAUCCAAAAAAGAACGAGAUAUCGCCAGGUUUUAUAAUGGUGUAACCAUUAUACAGAGAAAAAUUUCAGAACUUUAUAUUUUGGUGCAACGAAAACAUGAUCACUGUAGAUAAAAAUGUAUAUAUCCUGUUUUUGUUUUGUUCUUUACAAUGUGAGAAAUGUUUUGGAUAAACAUUCUUUUUUAUUAUUUUGCUAAAAAAAUAACAGUUGGAAGGCAUAUUUUUCGAUAUGUAAUGUUUUCCUCAAAAUUGCGUAGGCAACCAGCAUUUUUCAUUAUAUAUAUUUAUGGUUAGUGAGAUAUAUGUUUGCUUUUGACUUGACCAACUUCUUACCAUCUAAUAAAAAUAUUUUUCGUAACGAAUUAUUCUAAGUGAUAAUACUGCACAAAUUUCUGUCUGUAUAGACAAGCGGUUCUUGUUCAUUCGCGUUUUCUAAAUAUUUCUGUAACAAUAUAAAUUAACCUUAUUUAUCAUCCAAAAUUGUUUCCAGUAUAAUUCUACAAUCAUACCUGUAAAAGAUUUACUUAAAUCCCU